AGAUAACACCUACACACGUGGACAAAAUUGUUGGUACCCCUCAGGUAAAGAAGGAAAAACCCACAAUUCUCACUGAAAUCACUUGAAACUCACAAAAGUAACAAUAAAUAAAAAUUUAUUGAAAAUUAAAUAAUCAAAAACAGCCAUUACUUUUGAAUUGUUGAUUAACAUACUUAUUAAAAAAAAACAAACUAAUGAAACAGGCCUGGACAAAAAUGAUGGUACCUCUAUAAAAGAUUGAAAACUAUUUGACCAGAGUGACAUGAUUAACUCAGGUGUGUCAUUUAAUUGACAUCACAGGUGUUUCCAAACUCAUAAUCAGUCAGUCUGCCUAUUUAAAGGGAGACAAUUAAAUGCCUCCCAGGGGCCAGAGCGGGCGACAUAGAAGCAAAUUUGAAACUGCUGGCUAAAGAUAAUCGUAAAUAUAGUAAGAUUGUUAUUCACGUCGGCGGUAACGAAACCCGGUUACGCCAAUCGGAGGUCACCAAAAUUAGCGUGGCAUCGGUGUGUACUUUCGCCAAAACCAUGUCGGACUCUGUAGUUUUCUCUGGACCCUUGCCUGAUCUGACCAGCGAUGACAUGUUUAGCCGCAUGUCGUCGUUUCGCCGCUGGUUGUCUAUGUGGUGUCCAUCAAACGACGUGGGCUUUAUUGAUAAUUGGAGCUCUUUUUGGGGAAAACCUGGUCUGAUUAGGAGAGACGGCAUCCAUCCCACUUUGGCUGGUGCAGCUCUCAUUUCUAGGAAUAUGGCUGAUUUUAUUAGUACUCCUAAAGCAUGACAACCCAGAGUUAAGACCAGGAUGCAGAGCUGUAGUCUUACACACCUCUCUGCAGUUUCCUCACAGCUGUCACCCUCCAGUAAUUCAGUUAACUUUAUUGAGACUGUGUCUGUCCCCCGACCACCAAAAUUCAAUAAAUUACACAAAUCAAAAAUAUACAAAAGAAAUAGUAACCACAAAAAUUUAAUAAAAAUUAAUACCACUAUUUCAACAGAGCACAGAGACAGGAAAAUUAAAUGUGGUCUGUUAAAUAUUAGAUCUCUCUCGUCUAAAUCUCUGCUAGUAAAUGAGUUGAUAACUGAUCACCAGAUUGAUUUGUUCUGUUUGACUGAAACCUGGUUGCAGCAGGAAGAAUUUGUUAGCCUAAACGAAUCAACUCCCCCUAGUCAUAUUAACUGUCAUAUUCCUCGAAUCACAGGCCGAGGAGGAGGAGUAGCAGCAAUCUACCAUUCUAGUUUAAAAUUGAACCAGAGGCCUAAACCCGAUUACAGCUCAUUUGAAAAUCUCACUCUUAGUCUCUCUCAUCCAAAUCUGAAAGCUCAGAAACCAGUUUUAUUUGUUGUUAUAUAUCGUCCUCCUGCUCCUUAUUCUGAGUUUUUAUCUCAAUUCUCAGACUUUUUAUCUGAAUUAGUGCUCAGUUCAGACAAAGUUAUAAUUGUGGGUGACUUUAACAUUCAUGUUGACAUAGACAGCGACAGCCUUACAACAGCUUUUAAUUCAUUAUUAGACUCAAUUGGGUUUUCUCAACAUGUAAAUAAAUCAACUCAUAGUUUUAAUCACACUCUUGACCUUGUCCUGACUUAUGGCAUAGAAAUUGAAGAGUUAACAGUAUUUCCCCAGAACCCUCUUCUUUCUGACCAUUUUAUGAUAACAUUUCAAUUUAAAGUAAAGGAUUGUAUAGCAGCUGAGAACAAAUAUCAUUACAGUAGGUGUUUGUCUGACAAUUCAGUAUCUAAAUUUAAGGAAAUAAUACCCUCACUGUUUACUUCAGCAACAUUUACUGAUAAAUCAGAAGGCAAUUAUUAUUAUUUUACCCCCACAGAAGUGGAUUAUUAUGUUAAUAAUGCUUCAGCCUCACUGCGUACAACUCUUGAUAGUGUUGCACCUGUAAAAAAGAAAGUUAUAUCUCAGAGAAGACUUGCUCCUUGGUAUAAUUCCCAGCUGCGGACUUUAAAGCAGGCAUCCCGAAAACUGGAAAGAAAGUGGUAUUCCACUAAUUCAGAGGAAGUGUAUGUGGCUUGGAAAAAUAGUCUAGUAAUCUAUAAAAAAGCUCUUCGUAAUGCCAGGACAACUUAUUAUUCAUCUUUAAUAGAUGAGAACAAGAACAACCCUAGGUUUCUCUUUAGCACUGUAGCCAGGCUGACAAAGAGUCAGAGCUCUGUUGAACCUUGUAUUCCUUUAGCUUUAACCAGUAACGACUUCAUACUAAAGUUAAUCAUGGAGUUCCUCAGGGUUCUGUCUUAGGACCGAUACUUUUCACAUUAUACAUGCUUCCUUUAGGCAAUAUUAUUAGGAAGCAUUGUAUUAACUUCCAUUGUUAUGCAGAUGACACACAAUUGUAUUUAUCUAUGAAGCCAGAUGAAACUGAUCAGUUAGCUAGACUGCAAGAUUGUCUUAAGGACAUUAAAACCUGGAUGACUUUUAACUUCCUACUGCUAAAUUCAGACAAAACUGAAGUCAUGGUAUUUGGCCCCACACAUCUUAGAAACUCGCUUUCAAAGCAAAUAGUUACUCUGGAUGGCAUCACAUUGGCCUCCAGUACUACUGUGAGGAAUCUUGGAGUUAUUUUUCACCAGGACAUGUCCUUUAACUCACACAUAAAGCAAGUCUGUAGGACUUCCUUUUUUCACCUGCGUAAUAUUGUAAAAAUCAGGAACAUUCUGUCUCAGAGUGAUGCAGAAAAAUUAGUUCAUGCUUUUGUUACUUCCAGGCUUGACUAUUGCAAUUCCUUAUUAUCGGGUUGUCCAAAUAGCUCUCUCAAACAUCUACAGUUGAUCCAAAACGCUGCUGCGAGAGUACUGACAGGAGUUAGCAAAAGAGAUCAUAUUUCCCCUAUACUUGCUUCUCUUCACUGGCUUCCUGUUAAAUCCAGAAUAUAAUUUAAAAUCCUUCUUCUGACAUAUAAAGCUCUUAAUAACCAAUCUCCAUCAUAUCUUAAAGAUCUGAUAGUACCUUAUUAUCCUAGUAGAACUCUUCGCUCUCAAACUGCAGGCUUACUUGUUGUUCCUAGAAUUUCUAAAAGUAGAAUGGGAGGCAGAGCCUUCAGUUAUCAGGCGCCUCUCCUGUGGAACCUGCUCCCAGUUUGGGUUCUGGAGGCAGAUACCCUCUCUAUUUUUAAGACCAGGCUUAAAACGUUCCUUUUUGACAAAUCUUAUAGUUGGGGCUGACUGGGUGACCCACAGGGGUUCGGCUUGUGUCUUCAUUGCACAGCUGACUCCCUCUUGGACGUCCCUUCGUUCUGCCUCUAGUCAUGCUGCUAUAGGCCUAGGCUGCUGGGGGACUUUUCUUGACGCACUGAGCCCUUCUCUAUCUACCUUUAUAUUUAAUAUGUAUACCGUUAUUGCAGUACAUUCACUCUGUUUCCCCCUGUGCUAUUUCUCCGAGUGUCCCUGGUCCAAGAGAUGGAUGCUUCAGAUCUGCGGUUGAUGUUCCACCAGCUGGUCCAGUCUCCACCAUGUCCACUGUGGGAUGCUGCUGCUGACCUUCCUCCAGCCCUCUGCUUCCAACUCCCCUUUUCCACCAGUCAACUCUGCAUUGCCUUCACUAUACUUGUUAUGCUAACUUACAUACUGUUUGAAUUUUACUGCUAGCUAUAUAUGGAGUAUGUUUAAUGUCAGAGCCGUACAUCAUAAGAGUAAAUUAUGAGUCAGUUUUUAAUGUUAGCUUAUACUUUGUCUGUGUCACAUAUCCUGUCAUGCAUGUAUCCAAAUGUGUGUUGUGUUUUCCUUGCUUUCCCACCCCUCCCUCUUCUCCCAUCCCUCCCCCUUGCCCUCUUCUGUCCUUCUCAACCCGCCCGGCCAGCAGGCAGAUGGGUCCCCCCUAUAUAGAGCCGGGUUCUGCUUGAGGUUUCUUCCCUGUUAAAAGGGUGUUUUCCUUGCCACUGUCGCCUUUGGGCUUGCUCUGGGGGUCAGGCAUUUGGGUUUUGUAAAGCGUCUUGAGACGAGUUGACUGUAUUUGACGCUAUAUA